AUGACAUCUGUCUCCGCAAACGUACAGGAUCAGAGCAUCACGAAUCCGCCUGCUUCUGCUUCUGCACCCACCGCCACCGACACGAAGAAGUCUGCCUCCCAGACUUCAACCGGACAAACGGCGAACCCUACACCUUCCAGUACUAGUUCGCAUGCGCAGCAUGGCAUUUCGCCUUCAACACCUUCUGUAAACGCCAAAGCCCAUAUGCAGAACUCCUCGAACCCCGUUUCCGAUGGCUUGACCAUCGUGAACGGAAAUACAGCUCCAAACCCUGUGCACAACAGUGACCACAGCAGGAGACAAUCCGUCACCAUCAGCGCUGCUGGAACCAGCGGGUUUAUCCCGAAUGGGGGCCCGGCCUCGUCUGGACGCCCAAACAACCUUCGAUUCGGUGCCGUAGAGGGAUCCCCUAGGAUGGGACCUCCUGCGGUGCUUGCUAACCAGCCACAGUCCUCCUUAGGAGUCGGACCGUCCAAUUCGCGAGGACCUUCUCCACAUGCUUCUCCUUCUCCAAUUCCACAGCCUCUAGCCAGCGGUGGCCGUCCACCUUCCUCGCUCCAGGGUUCCGGAAACAACUUGAACUUCAGAGCCCCUGAUAUGGACCAAUCAAACGAUGCAAACCGUUCUAUGAGAGGCCCACCAAACCACCUCCGAAAAGAAUCUGGUCACUCGAACCAUAGCGAUAUGAGCCAGGGUAUGCAAGGUGGAGGCGGACGUGGUGGGUAUCAUGGCGGCCGCGGCGGUGGUAGAGGCGGCUAUGGCCAGGGUCAUCACAACCAGCACCAGCAUCAACCCCAGAUGCCAUAUAACUCACCUGGCCAGACGUAUAGACCACACCCUGCUCCUCCACGAGGCGGUCCAAACAUGGACCCUCGAUUUAACGCACAGCAACGAUCCUACGGCGGUUACCCUAACCCCCCACACCAGCAGCCCGGUUCGAGCCCCGCGCUCUCCCACACGAACCCAGCCACUCCCCAGAUGGCACCGGUCCCGAUGGCAAACCCUCAGAUGCAGGCACAGCAGUAUGGUGGAUAUCCUCAGCCUAUGGCAGCUCAACAAGUAAAGCAACAACUCUUUCCUAAGUUUUAUGGCAAACGCCGUUCAUCAUCAACCUCCUUCAAAAAGCACACUCCUUCAAAUCUCAACUCUGUCACAUAUCAGCACAAUGGGCCUACACCACCGCCUCAUCAGCUAUCACAUCAAUCAUACCCCCCUCCACCAUUUGAACCAUCUCACCUACCACCUCAACCCUACCCACCUACACCUCCUCAGCCAGUUGCGGAAUCACAGCCCCAGUGUCCUCCACAAGAGCAGCUUCUACCCAUGUCCCUCUCUCCAGAGAGCGGUAAUUUUGAACAUCUUCUAACAAAAUUUAAAUCUCAGGGUUUCCCACCGCCGUAUGAUAAUAAUGCCUACUAUUAUCCAAACCAAUAUGGAAUGCAGCCCAUGCCCAUCGUCCCUUCAUCCCCACGAAAUACCUACGGAAUGCCCCACCAGCCAUACAUGCAGUCGCAGUAUGCCCAACCCCACCAAAUGCCACAGGGAGUUCCAAUUGCUAGAUCUUCAUCCCAAAUGUCAGCUACCGAACGACCAGGAAGCAGCCUUGGCCAAGUCCCACAGCCAGCUGGUCCAGCUCAUCAGCACACAAACAGCCGUACUAACACAGCAAGCCCUGUACCUUCGACCUCGCAAUUCGUUGUACCCAAGAAGAACAGCCCUCUCAUAAUCCGUGACCCCGGCAGUGGAAACGUCAUCAAGCCAUCCAGCUCUCCUGCUCGUGGAACUCCUUCCCCUGCCAAACUAGGCGUCACUCCAACCUCCACUCCUCCACCUCGCACUGCAAGCCGUGGAGAGCCUGAAGCUACCGACUCGAAGCCCCUGAGCGGAGAGGAGAAGAAACAAAGCUUCCAGAAUGCUAUUGUUCAAAGCCUCCGGGAGAAGGAAGCUGGAGAACAAAAGCCAGCUGCUCCUAAGGCCGAAGAAAAGGCCGCUGAAGAACCUACCAAGGCUGCCCCUGAGACCAAGGAAGUAGAAGCUGCUGAGAAACCAGAGAAGAAGGCUGAAGAGGUAGCUGAGAAGCCAGCACCAAAGGAAGUGGAGAAGAAGGCUGAACCUGCCAAGGAGGAAGAAGAGAUCGACUUCGAUGCAAUUGAGAGGGAGAUGGCAGAACUAGAAGCCGCUGAGGCUGCUGCCGAGAAGGCCUACGAGGAGAAGAAGGCGAAGCAAAAGGCUGAAGCUGCUCUCAAGGCCAAGGAGAUGGCUGCUGCUGAAGAGGAAGCUCUGAAGAAGGCCGAACGAGAGGCCGAAGCUGCCGAAGAGGAGCGUAUUAAGAAAUUGGAGUCUGGAGAGAAUGAGGCAGACAAGAAAGAGCGUGAAUCCCUCUUCGCUUCUUUGAGAGGAAAGUCCGAAACGCCAGCCGAUAGCCCUGCUCUCGCUACUCCUACUGAGAGCGGAGCCGCAACUCCAGUCUCUGAUACCUCGAUGGGUCCACCACAGAAGCCACUCGGAGGCAAGCGCGAGAAGCCAGCGUCUCUCAAGCUUGAGACCAACAAGCAAGUUGAGCCACCACAGCCAAGCGCGGCUAUGAAGUCUCUCCACUCCGCGCGCUUCCUGGAAGACCCAAGCAAAGUCACCUAUCCUCUAUCAGUGGUCUCUCCCAACCCCGCCCUCAAUGCCAGUGCCCCAUCCGACCGCAAGUUCAAGUAUAACAAGGAGUUCUUGCUUCAAUUCCAGAACGUUUUCAAAGAAAAACCAUCCAUCGAUUGGGAUGCUCGUGUUCGUGAAACUGUUGGUGAUGGCACUACUGACUCUGCACGUACGCCUGUCCGCACUCCUGGUCCUAGAUCGAGUGCUGGCCGUGGCCCUGCACAAGGACCUAACAUAAUGGGCCACUUCAACCAGCCUAUUAGGACCCAGACACUUCCUGCUGGCGCAGACCGCUUCCCAGUAAUGAACGCCCCCCGUGGUUCAUCCAAGGGUGGAAAUCCUUUCGGUCAAUUUGGCCCACUCAACCCGAUGGGCGGUAGAUCUGCCUCGUCGGCUGGUUCUCAGAUGGGUGGUUCCAGGAAUCCUAGCCAUAGGGGAGCUCGUACCGGAAGCAGACAGCACAAGAAGAAGGAGGAAGAGUUAACCAAGGCCAUGCCUCUCACCGCUCACCUUGAUAUCAAACCUCUCAACACCUCAGGCUCUGGCUGGAAACCACGCAGUAUCGGCGGCAAGAGCCAAUCUGCAACUCCUGAUGGUCAUCUUCCACCAGAUGUUGUCCAGGGUAAGGUUAAGAGUAACCUGAACAAGAUGACGCCUGAAAACUUCGACAAGAUCUCUGGCCAGAUUCUUGAUAUCGUCGCACAAUCCAAGGAUGAAUCUGAUGGCCGUACUCUCCGACAAGUCAUUCAACUUACCUUCGAGAAGGCCACUGAUGAAGCUCACUGGGCGUCCAUGUAUGCCAAGUUCUGCAUGCGUAUGCACGAGAGCAUGAGCCCUGAGAUCAAGGAUGAGAACAUCCGCGACAGAAACGGUACCAUCGUUGCUGGAGGAAGCUUGUUCCGUAAAUACCUCCUAAACCGCUGUCAAGAAGAGUUCGAGCGUGGUUGGAAAGUCAACAUGCCUGAAAAACCAGAAGGUGUCACGGAAGAGGCCGCCAUGUUGUCUGAUGAAUAUUAUAAAGCCGCUGCCGCCAAGCGACGUGGUCUCGGUCUCGUCAAAUUUAUUGGUGAACUUUUCAAAUUGGGCAUGUUGACUGAGAGGAUUAUGCACGAUUGUGUUAAGAGAUUGGUCGAUUAUGAUGGCGUUCCUGAUGAGGCUGAGGUUGAGAGUUUGGCCAGCUUGCUCCGAACUAUCGGUGCUAGCUUGGAUAGCACUGAGAAGGGCCAUACCAUGAUGGAUGCCUACUUCAACCGUAUCCAGCUGAUGAUGGAUACCACAGAGCUCCUCAGCCGACACAGAUUUAUGCUUAUGGAUGUCAUUGAUCUCCGAAAAGCCAAAUGGGUGUCCAAGGACGCUGACAAGGGUCCCAAGACUAUUGCCGAAAUCAGAGAAGCUGCUGCACGAGCUCAACAAGAGCAAGAAAUGGAGCGAGCACGCCAGCAAGCUAACAGAGGCGGCGGUGGCCGUAUGCACCUUGGUCGUGGUGAUGCCAGGAACUUCGGUGGAUAUGGCGCCCAAGCUCCUCCCCAAGACUUCGCUUCCAGCAAGGUUGGCAGUGAUGAUCUCCGUCGUUUGAAGACGAGCAGGAACACCAACCAGCCCGCAUCCUUCAGCCCCUCGGGUCUAUUGGGCUCGAGGAGCGGCAGUGGCCGCAGAAACCUUGGCCCUGGCGGUAACCUUGUUCGCGGUGGAGAAGACAGCGGAGCAAGCAGCCGUACCGGAACACCCCCAGGUGGCAAGGAAAAGAAGGAUGAAUCAUCUUCAAAUGCAUUCAGCGCCCUCGCAGGUCUGGAUGCUAGCGAUUCCCUAGCAACCUCCCCACCUUCGAACCCAUCCUCGCCCCAAAUGGUUAAAUCCCGUCCUGCAGUGCAGCAAUCACAAACCCCAGCGAAGGAGGACGGCUCAACAGGCGCAUAG